AUGUGCCAACAAAAGCCUAACAACAAAAGGUGGCUUCCAGCAACCAAAAAGAUCCGAGGAGUAAACCUCGGCUCCCUCUUCAUCUUUGAGCCCUGGAUCGAUAGCCAAGAAUGGGCCAACACAGGUUGUGAGGGGGAAAAGUCCGAAUUUGACUGUGUCAUGAACAAGGGACAAGACAUUGCAGACAAAAACUUUCAAGCUCAUUGGAAACGCUGGAUCAAUCAAACCGAUCUCGACGAGAUGAUGAGCUAUGGCCUGAACACUAUUCGUCUGCCUCUAGGAUAUUGGCUAAAGGAAGACCUUGUUGACGAUUCAGAGCACUUCCCCAAGGUAUUUGAAUCGUUUCUUGAUAUGCUGUAG